GAGGAGCUGAGAGGAGACUUCAGACCCCAGCAUGGCGGCUCUGCAGGAGAAGAAGUCAUGCAGCCAGCGGAUGGCUGAAUUCCAGCACUACUGCUGGAACCCAGACACCGGCCAGAUGCUGGGCCGAACGCCUGCCCGGUGGUUGUGGAUCAGCCUCUACUACCUGGCCUUCUACGUGGUGAUGACUGGGCUGUUCGCCCUGUGCAUUUAUUCGCUAAUGCAGACCAUAGACCCCUACACGCCGGACUAUCAGGACCAGUUAAAGUCGCCCGGAGUGACACUGAGGCCUGACGUUUAUGGAGAAAGAGGUCUAGAGAUUUCCUACAAUGUCUCUGACAACAGCUCCUGGGCCGGUCUCACACACGCCCUCCACAGCUUCCUGGAAGGUUACACGCCAGCAUCCCAGCAGGAGAGCAUCAACUGCACCUCCCAGAGGUACUUCUUCCAGAACAGCUUCCAGGCCCCAAACCACACCAAGUUCUCCUGCAAGUUUACUGCAGACAUGUUGCAAAACUGCUCAGGCCUGGAGGACCCCAGCUUUGGUUUUGAAGAAGGACAGCCAUGCUUCAUUAUCAAGAUGAACAGGAUUGUCAAGUUUCUCCCAAGCAACGACACGGCGCCCCGUGUGGACUGUGCCUUCCAGGAUGAGCCCAGAGAGCACAGGUCUGGGAUGGACACCAGGCCCCUACAAGUGGAAUACUACCCCACCAACGGCACCUUCAGUCUCCACUACUUCCCCUACUACGGGAAGAAAGCGCAGCCCCAUUACAGCAACCCUCUGGUGGCAGCCAAGCUGCUCAACGUCCCCAAGAACCAACAAGUCAUCGUUGUGUGCAAGAUCCUCGCAGACCACGUGAGCUUCGACAACCCCCAUGACCCGUAUGAGGGGAAAGUGGAGUUCAAACUGACGAUCCAGAAGUAGGGCUGGGAGCCCAUGUGCAGGCCACUGGG